UCCAGUUUCCAUUUGCUCUUCAGAGACAGAGACAGAGAGAGUAACAGAGACAGAGACAGACAGAGUGACAGUGACAGAGACAGAGACAGACGAUGGGGUUUGUGUGUGGGGUGUUUCUCCUGCUCACUCUGACUGCGCUGGCUCGGACUGAAGUAGUGAAUGAUUUCAAAGUGUGUAAAGAUUUCUUUUUGAAGGGGAAGGCUCCGACGGUGCUCCCUGAUCAGAAUCGUUACAAACGGAUCUGUCAGAAAUAUGGAAAAACUACCAAAACUUCCCAAUAUCACUUCGCAACUCUUUAUGACACAGAAAAUAAGAUUCCUGUGUACUCAGCAUAUAAAUAUGACAACAAGAUAUCCUGCGACAGGUGUGACAGAAAGGACGGUGCCUGGUAUAUUGAACCUCAACUAGAGGGUGACAACAAGGUUAAAGACAUGACCUUGCAAAGCAAGACGUCGGUAAGGAAGACAAGUUUGAAGCAAGCACUGAACAACGACUAUGAGAACAGCUCAUUCGACAGAGGUCACCUGUUGCCUUUUGCUCACGCGCAGGAAAGGUGCACCAAAGAGGCGUCUUUCACACUGACCAACGCCGUCCCCCAGGAUCCGUGUCUCAAUCGCAUCUGGUGGCUGCACAUGGAAAAUAAAGUUCUUAGGUAUUUAAGAGAAUGCAAAGAGGCCUAUGUGGUCACUGGAGCUGUGCCUAGCAAGAGCUCUGCGACAGGGAAUAAGAUAAUUGAGAUAGGCAAUAAGGUUAAUGUACCCGAGUAUCUGUGGACGGCUUUUUGCUGCAGACAUGCUAACAAGUGGGAAUCAAUGGCUCACUGGGCUCCGAAUGAACCCAGUGGCAAAAUCAAUGAAUUGACAUUGACUGAUCUUGAAAAGAAGCUGACACAAGAUUAUGGGCUAAGCAACAACUUCCUCAUAUUCGGUAACACUUGUCAAAAUCCCUUUCAAGGGAUCAGCACUGGGUCAAAAAGACGUUGCGUACCUACAGGCAAAUAA